GGUCUGGAGAAGGGGGUGUCUGGAGGCGCCAUGUCGGGCUGGGAAGGUGGCAAAAAGAAGCCCCUGAAACAGCCCAAGAAGCAGACUAAGGAAAUGGACGAGGAAGAUAAGGCUUUCAAGCAGAAACAAAAAGAGGAGCAGAAGAAACUCGAGGAGCUAAAAGCCAAGGCCGCGGGGAAGGGACCCCUGGCCACAGGUGGAAUUAAGAAAUCUGACAAAAAGUAAGCUGUUCCUCAUAUCUUGAGAU